AAACAUGAAUUGAAUCUUUUAAAACCAGUUUGACGAUUUUGGCAGAUUUUGACGUUUGAAAUUGAAGUCCCACACACGUGUACUCUUCCUCCUCCACUCUCCACUGCGAUCGAUCGCCUCUCUUCACCGAUACUCCGAUCCUCAACCAAACCGAACCUAAACCAACAACAUGAGUGCCGACGCCCCCACCCAAACCCAAGCCUCCGCCACCAAACCUCCCGAAACCCAAACCCAAACCCAAACCGUCGAAACAAAACAUGAAGAAUCCCAAUCUGCAUCUCCUCCUCACACCGCCGAUUAUGCUCCAUACCCUAAACUGGACCCAGACGACGUCGUGCCACCUCCUCUUCAACAGCAAGAAGCACCCCUCAAUACUGAAUCUCGUGCCCCAAUCUCCGGCGAUGCUGCUACUACCAUGCCCAAAGACUCCAAUCCCUAUGUCACUCCUGCUCCCGUUGCCGCUUCCUCUUCCAAGACCACUUUAGAUUCCGUGAAAGACGUUCUCGGCAAAUGGGGCAAGAAAGCCGCCGAGGCCACCAAAAAGGCGGAGGAUCUCGCCGGCAACAUGUGGCAGCACUUGAAAACGGGUCCAAGUUUUGCGGAUGCAGCUGUGGGGAGAAUUGCUCAGGGAACUAAAGUUCUUGCGGAAGGAGGGUAUGAGAAGAUCUUUAGGCAAACUUUUGAGACAGUUCCAGAGGAGCAGCUUCUGAAAACGUAUGCAUGCUACUUGUCUACUUCAGCUGGACCUGUGAUGGGAGUCUUGUAUUUGUCAACAGCGAAGCUGGCGUUUUGUAGUGAUAACCCACUUUCUUACCAAAUGGGUGACCAGACACAAUGGAGCUAUUAUAAGGUGGUCAUUCCAUUGCAUCAACUGAGAGCAGUGAACGCUUCAACAAGCAGAACCAACUCGUCUGAAAAAUAUAUUCAGAUUAUCUCUGUUGACAACCAUGAAUUUUGGUUUAUGGGGUUUGUGCACUAUGACAGCGCUGUUAAAAAUAUUCAAGGAGCAUUGCAGCCUCAUUGACACACAAAGGAUUGAAAAACACCAUGGAUCAUUUAUACCAAAGAUGAGGUUUGUAUUCAUAAAUUAUGAAACAUUUUAAGUUUGUGGAGCUGUUAUAGAUUGAAACUCAUGUAGUGUGCAUUAUAUAUUUUUUACCUGUUGUUCUCUGAAAAUGAAAGUUAAUUCAUUUGUUGUAAAAGUUGAAUGGAUAUAUAGUUGGUGGAUUUACAUUUUAUUUUAUUAAUUAUCUCUUUUAUUUUUCUGUA